AACUUGGCUAUCAGGGAUAUUUCUAUUCUUUUAUUCAACUUUUGCUGUGAAAUUGUCGGCAAAGUCGGGCAGCAGAUUUCAGAUAAUUUCAACAUCAAAUUACUGUCAAUUUCAAGCUAAAGUGGCUAUUAGGGGAUAGAGCAGAGAAAUUCGGAGUACGGUUGUCAUACUGCCGAUGGGGCGACUCAGACAAAAAUUUUAUGGCAACUGAUACCUACAUUUUACUUCCACGGCUUCCACGUAACAAUAAAAUAAUUUUAUAAAUAUUUAGCCGAAUCUGUGUCUGUGUAUACAAGCGCUUGAUGUUGUGUAAGUUGUGAAUAUAUAAUAACAUUAAAAAACUAACCUAACUUCAAUAUAAAAUAUAUGAAAUCAACAACUGAGUCAAGAGGUGUCAUAAACUUAUUUGUUAUAUAAAGUUUCUUUGUUAUUUUUUAAAAAUAUAUUAUUUAAUAACAUGACAUAUGCUAAUUCAUGGGAAGAAUUUGAAAAAGGUGCAGAAAGGUUAUAUCUCCAAGAUCCAAUGAAGGCACGUUAUACAAUGAAAUAUUGUCAUAAUAAAGGUGUUUUAAGCUUAAAACUCACAGACAAUCGAACGUGUUUACAAUAUAAAACUGAAAUAGCUCAAGAUUUGAAAAAAAUGGAAAAAUUUAUUGGAAAUCUUAUGAGACACAUGGCAUCAAAGGAUAAUUAAAUGAACUCUUUAAAAAUUUUAUAUAUUUUUCAAUAAAAUAAAAUUACCAUAAGUAUAAAAUUUAAAAAAUUAUUUUUUUAUUGAUCCUAUGACUAGUAGGAUUCUAAUAUUUUUUUUUUAUUGAUUUAUUUAAGUAUAUAAAAUGAAUGAACAUGUACAAAGAAGUUGAAUAAACAAUAGUUAUCAAUACAUCAUUCGAUACACGAUCAUUAGAUCCAAUUAUGAUUUGGGUAAAUUCUUAGGUUUGCGGGUUAAUGUUCUGUAACAAAAAUUUAUAACUUUAUUAUUUUUUUUAUUAUUACCAUCAAGGCCAUUCUUAAACAGUGCUCCUCACUUUUUAAAAAUUUUCGAUGAUCCAACUGUCAUAAGCGUAUCAAUUAUGGUGACCACAGAUUUUUGAAGCUGAAAUUCCCUGACUUUUCCAAAUAUUCCAGUCAAAUAAUUAAAAAAUACCCUGACUAUACGUCGUAAUAUUAAAUUAUUGGAAACAUUUAUUUAAUUCAAAAUAAAAUGGUACAAGUCAGUUCAAUACAUAUAAUCAAUCGUUGUCGUUAAAUAAAACUUUAGUUUAGUAGUUGUCAAUGUUCAUAGGUUUUUUUUAUUUAUUAAACUAAUAAUUUUUUGUUUUCGAUUUCAAAUAGGUGUUUUUAUAUAACGUAUUCUGUAAUAAAAUAUUAAAAAACUUUUCAUUUUCCCUCAAAUAAAUUUCAUAAAUAAGAUCGUUUUAUAAAAUCGCGUGCCAAAAGGUAAAAGGGCGCAUUGCUACAUGUUACUAGGGAACCAUGAUAAAAAAGCGCAUAAAAAAAUUCAAGUUUUAAUACAAAAUACUGACAAAUAGUUUCACAAGACAAGUUAGAUGCAAAAAACUAAAAAUUUACAGAUUUUUUCUUUAAUUAUUGUUUUGGAUUAUGGAUCCGCCAUAAAUCAGAAUAAUUUGAAAAAGAAAAAAAAAAUACAGAUAUGGAGAAGGAGGGUAUGGGAGUCGUACCUAAUUGAACCGGUUACAUAUUUCUGCAAUUUUUUCUUUCAAUUUAGUAUAAGAGUUUCAAAAUAAUUUCAUAAACUCCAAUAACCAAUUCCAUAAUAAAAAAUAUUGAUACAAUCACGUGUAUUUUGUGAUUUUUCUAAACAUAUUUUUAAUUUUGAUAUUAAAAGAACGUAAAAGUAAAAAUACACCUUCUUGACUGCAGCUUUUUUUUUUUUUUCAUUUGUAGACUUAGGCUAAGCUUUUAUUAAAUUCCUUAGAAAAAAAAUUUAUAGACCCUUUUAGCUUUAGGUCACAAAAUUUUCGAAUUCCUAAAGCUAAAAGGGCGCAUAAUUAAAGACAUACGCCCUUUUACCUUUGGGAAAACAAUGUUUGAUUUUCAAGCGUAGAAAAUGUUGACUAAUCAAUUGGCGAUGAAAAAAAAAAUGUAUUCGUCCUUUUAGCUUUGCAGAGCUAAAAGGGCCCACACAUUGGUAUGCGCCCUUUUACCUUUUGGCACGCGAAAUAUUAAUGAAGUACGCGAAUAAUAAAUAUAGUGAAACAUAUUAGCUCAAUACUUAUAUAUAUUUUUAAUGUUUUUGAUUUUUUAACUUGUCAAUAUGCAUGUUAAUAGCUUCAAGUUCCUGACGAUUGAUUUCUACUAAGACUUUCUUUUCUAACUGCUUCAUUUUUUCGCUAUUGAAAUCAAUUUCUGAUAAUUUUUUUUCAAAACGGUAUUACAAUCGUAUCCACACCGCGCCAUUUUUCGAACAGUUUCAACAGAAAAUACAAAUUUAUCGGAUUUUUUUAAUAAAAAAAAAAGAAAGUAAAAACUUUUCCAGCUUUGUGACGGAAUUCCCUGACUUUUUACUGAUUUUUUCAGUACAUUUAUAAUUCCCUGAGAUUUACAGGUUUUCUAGAAAUGUGGUCAAUAUGUCAAUUUACAUAGAUUGAUAUAGAUUUAAAAAAAAAUUACUUACAGUUGAUAUCAAUUCGGAGUUAAAUGAAAUUUGUUAAAUAAAUUUCAGUAAAUAUUCCUGUCAAUUUUAUAAUCCGAAUUUUUAAAUUUUGCGGGCUAAAAUUUAUUCAACAAAUUUCAUUUAACUCUUAAGUGAUAACAAUUAAUUAAUUUUUUUGAAAUUCUAUGUUUCGACGAAAUCGCAACUACGUCUGUUUUCAACUAAUACUUAAAUUUUUUUUUUAAUUAAUUAAUAAAAUUUCAAUACUGUUUUAACAGUUGAAAGUCAUUGGAUAUUUUUAAAAAGUGGAGGACACUGUCUACGAAUGCCCUGAAAGUAAUGAAUUAAAUAAGUUUAUCGUAUAAAAAAUAAUAACUUACGAUAUUAUGGGUUGUAGAACUGCAUCUAAAGUAACAUCAAUAGGAGGUGAAAUUUCUGGAUUUGGUGAUAAAUCAUAAAUUCCUUUUCUUGCUAAUUGUGCUUGCGUCUGCACCAAAUCAAAUAUUAUGUCACUACAAUUUUUAAUAGUUUAUACAAUAAAAAAUAAUAAUU